AUGGAGCCCGAGGCCCCGGAUUCCCGCAAGAGGCCCCUCGAAACGCCCCCCGAGGUGGUCUGCACCAAGCGCAGCAACACGGGAGAGGAAGGCGAAUACUUCCUGAAGGUGCUGAUCCCCAGCUACGCGGCAGGCUCCAUCAUUGGCAAGGGCGGGCAGACCAUCGUGCAGCUGCAGAAGGAGACAGGAGCCACCAUCAAGCUCUCUAAGUCCAAAGACUUCUAUCCGGGAACCACAGAACGAGUAUGCCUGGUACAGGGCACAGCAGAGGCCUUGAAUGCUGUGCACAGCUUUAUUGCUGAGAAGGUCCGAGAAAUCCCACAAGCAAUGACCAAGCCUGAGGUGGUCAACAUCCUUCAACCCCAAACCACGAUGAACCCCGACAGAGCCAAGCAGGCCAAGCUGAUCGUCCCCAACAGCACCGCGGGCCUGAUCAUCGGCAAGGGGGGCGCCACAGUGAAAGCCGUGAUGGAACAGUCGGGUGCCUGGGUGCAGCUGUCCCAGAAGCCAGAGGGCAUCAACCUUCAGGAGCGUGUGGUGACAGUCAGCGGCGAGCCGGAGCAGGUGCACAAGGCCGUGAGCGCCAUCGUGCAGAAGGUACAGGAAGACCCCCAGAGCAGCAGCUGCCUCAACAUCAGCUACGCCAACGUGGCUGGCCCCGUGGCCAACUCCAACCCCACCGGUUCACCGUACGCCAGCCCCGCCGAUGUGCUGCCCGCCGCUGCCGCCGCCUCGGCCGCUGCCGCCUCCGGCCUGCUGGGCCCCGCGGGGUUGGCGGGCGUGGGCGCCUUCCCGGCCGCCCUGCCUGCCUUCUCAGGCACCGACCUGCUGGCCAUCAGCACGGCGCUUAACACGUUGGCCAGUUACGGCUACAACACCAACUCCCUCGGCCUGGGCCUCAACUCGGCCGCGGCCUCCGGGGUCCUGGCCGCCGUGGCCGCUGGUGCGAACCCCGCCGCCGCCGCCGCCGCCAACCUCCUGGCGUCCUACGCGGGCGAGGCCGGGGCCGGGCCCGCCGGAGGGGCCGCCCCGCCUCCGCCCCCGCCCCCCGGAGCCCUGGGGUCCUUCGCCCUGGCCGCAGCCGCCAACGGCUACCUCGGGGCCGGGGCGGGCGGCGGGGCGGGCGGCGGGGGUGGCCCGCUGGUGGCCGCCGCAGCUGCAGCCGGGGCCGCCGGGGGCUUCCUGACGGCAGAGAAGUUGGCAGCUGAGAGUGCCAAGGAGCUGGUGGAGAUUGCGGUGCCUGAGAACCUGGUGGGGGCCAUCCUGGGCAAAGGGGGCAAGACGUUGGUGGAGUACCAGGAGCUGACAGGCGCGCGCAUCCAGAUCUCCAAGAAGGGGGAGUUCCUGCCUGGCACGCGGAACCGGCGGGUCACCAUCACGGGCAGCCCUGCGGCCACGCAAGCCGCUCAAUACCUCAUCAGCCAGCGGGUCACCUACGAGCAGGGAGUGAGGGCCUCAAACCCCCAGAAAGUGGGAUGA